AUGGUUUCCAAUUUAGAAGAGCAAAUCGCGAAGUUUUGGCGUUUGGAAGAAAUAAAUUUCAAUGUUUACUCCACUGAAGAAAAGGCUGCUAACAUUUAUUUCGAAAACACAACAAAACGCGCACUGGAUAACCGAUUUAUCGUAUCAUUACCGUAUCGAGACGAGUCAAAACUAGGGAAAUCAUACGAUAUCGCACUACGUCGAUUUUUGAGUUUAGAAAGACGACUGGCAGUCGAUAAUAAACUUAAAAUAGAAUAUACAACAUUUUUAGACGAAUAUUUAUCACUAGGUCACAUGGAAAUUGUACCACACGAAGAACGCGAUGUUUACGUACAAUAUAACUACUUACCGCAUCACGCUGUUAUCAAAGAAAGUAGUACGACGACUAAACUGCGCGUAGUGUUUGAUGCCGCGAGCAAAAGUGACACCGGCGUGAGUUUGAACGAUGUUUUGUGUAAAGGUCCUUGUAUCCAAGAAGAUUUAAUAUGUAUUAUGACUCGAUUCCGGACACAUAAAUACGUAAUUUCUGCCGACAUAGUAAAGAUGUACCGACAAAUUUGGAUUUCGGAGCGGCAUCGUGAUUAUCAACGAAUUUUAUGGCGCUCGGAUCCUGAUAAGCCAAUUCAAAUUUAUCGAUUAAAUACCGUUACAUACGGUAUAAUUACGGCGUCAUACUUAGCGACAGGUUGUCUCCAAAAACUUUCGACAGAAAUGUAUGAUCGUUACCCGGCCGCGUGCCGUGCGAUCGGACAAGAUUUCUACAUGGACGACUUGUUGAGCGGCGCCGGUACGAAAAAAGAAGCAAUAAAUAUACGUGAUGAUAUUAUAACAGUAUUAAAUAGUGCUGGAUUUGAAUUAAGCAAGUGGUCAAGUAAUGCACCAGAAUUAUUACGUGGAUUAUCCACGAUAGAUGAUAAACUCGACAGUAAGAAUUCAUCAAUCGAUAAGCAAAAAAUUAAGAAACUUUUGGGUAUUUUUUGGAACCAAGAAAACGACUCGUAUCAAUAUAAAGUCGAGAAAUAUCAGUUAAAUAUACGCGCUACAAAGCGAAACGUGCUAGCAGAAAUCGCGUCAAUUUUCGAUCCACUAGGGCUGAUAAAUCCAAUAACAGUUCGCCUAAAGUUAGUUAUGCAAAAAUUAUGGCAACUUAGCGUUGAUUGGGACGAACCACUACCCACGGAUCUGUUGAAUGAGUGGAGAAAAAAUCGCGAGGACUUGGAUUCAAUAAAUUCGUUAGUUAUAAACCGUUUAAUAACCGAUUCAAGUUGUAAAAAGAGGAUAAAAAAAGAACUUACCAAUGCAGACAACCUCCUUUUACGUGGGAAUUAA